GCUCCUGCUCAGAGCUCAGCUCCACUCUGCCUCUGGCUCUGCGCUCAUUUGCCGCCCAAGCCUCCUGCUCCUGCCCCGGGACCCCCCUAGGUUGGGCCUAGAACCCCUCUGGUCCCCAGACUAGCCCCCCAACCUUUGGCUCUCCCGGUCCCCAGCCCCAACGGUGCCCUAGGCCGCCAGGGGGCGCCGUGUGAGCGCCCUAUCCCGGCCACCCGGCGCCCCCUCCCACAGCCCAGGCGGGAGUGGGGCGCCGGGGGCCAUGCGGGGUCAGGGCCGCAAGGAGAGUUUGUCCGAUUCCCGAGAUCUGGACGGCUCUUACGACCAGCUCACGGGCCACCCUCCAGGGCCCACUAAAAAAGCGCUGAAGCAGCGGUUCCUCAAGCUGCUGCCUUGCUGCGGGCCCCAAGCCCUGCCCUCAGUCAGUGAAAACAGCGUAGAGGAUGAAUUUGAACUGUCCACUGUGUGUCACCGACCAGAAGGUCUGGAGCAGCUGCAAGAGCAAACCAAGUUUACGCGCAAGGAGUUGCAGGUCCUGUACCGGGGCUUCAAGAACGAAUGUCCCAGCGGAAUUGUCAAUGAGGAGAACUUCAAGCAAAUUUACUCCCAGUUCUUUCCUCAAGGAGACUCCAGCACUUACGCUACUUUUCUCUUCAAUGCCUUCGACACCAACCAUGAUGGCUCUGUCAGUUUUGAGGACUUUGUUGCUGGUUUGUCGGUGAUUCUUCGGGGAACCAUAGAUGACAGGUUGAAUUGGGCCUUCAACCUGUAUGACCUCAACAAAGAUGGCUGUAUCACCAAGGAGGAAAUGCUUGACAUCAUGAAGUCCAUUUAUGACAUGAUGGGCAAGUACACAUACCCUGCACUCCGAGAGGAGGCCCCAAGGGAACACGUGGAGAGCUUCUUCCAGAAGAUGGACAGAAACAAGGAUGGUGUGGUGACCAUUGAGGAAUUCAUUGAAUCUUGUCAAAAGGAUGAGAACAUCAUGAGGUCCAUGCAGCUCUUUGACAAUGUCAUCUAGCUCCCCAGAAGAGGGAGUUAGUGUGUCCUGGGGGCACCAUGCUCUAGUCCCUAGUUCAGGCAGACCUCACCCUUCUCUUCCCAGGUCUAUCCUCAUCCAAGCCCUACCCUGCGGGCUAUAGGGAUCGAAAAGCUUGGGGCUUCGGUAGUCUAGAACCCUGGAUUUGAAGGGGCCAGAUAGUGGGCAAAGUACAUCUGGUGGGUGUUCCCAACUCCCAACAGCUUUUACCCCCUUUUUGCCUGACACCCAGUGCUGAGGGUGCCUCUGCUAUUGGAAAUGAAUGAUUGCCCACCUCCCACCCCAAUUCUAAGAAACCACAACACUAGACAGAAUGUUUCCUGCUAUGGUGCUUCCCCAUCCCUGAUCUCACAAACACUUCCCCUAAGACUCCCUUCUGAGAGAAUGCUCUGUCCUUGGCGUACUGGCUGGCUUUUCAUAUCGCCUUUGAGAGCCUUGUGGGAGGGAAACAGAAUAUAAGGGAGAAAUCUUGGUCCUGAGCCAGUGGUUUGUUCCUAGUAUCUGACUGGAGUGAAGAACAGAAAGACCAUGGAAGAGCAUUAGAGCUCAGGCAUGUUGGGCUAAAGCUUCAAGUCACACAGUGUGCUACUCCAGGCCACUAGCAUUUCCAAAGUUUUCAGAAGGCCUUAUGUCCCAGAAAUUUUCCAUACCCUUCCAGUAUCAUAGGAGAGCUUGGGAACCAGAUAUCUGGCUUAUCCCUGAAAUUCCUUCCUCUCCCCUCUUCCUGCUUGUAUGGUAGUAGUGGUAGGGAUUGUGGGUGGGAGAUGUCUUAGUUGAUGUGUAACAAAGUUUCAGCUUGCUCUUCCUGCUCAUUGCCUGUUAUGAUGGCUGUGACUUGAGUUUUCACCUGCCAUAUCCUCUAAAUUUGGAGGCAUGGAGUGAAUCAGGGACUUUCCUGAACAUGGAUCCCAUCACCCCUCCCAGUGGAUGCCUUAGAGGGAGAACGAAGGAGGAAGGCAGGCAUAAUAUUUGAACCCAGUGGGGGGGGGGCAUAUAUUAGAACCUUUGAUCAACCAGGCUGCACCCCAAACCCUUAUCUAGUCUCCUUAACUCCCUGAAUCUCCUCUCCCUCUACUCAGCCCACCCAGAGAUGCCAUUUAGCACACUGAGAGUGCAGGGACUAUAGGACCCAGGUUGUCCCACCUCAUCAUCAGCACUCCUGCCAUGCUGCUACUCCAUAAUAUAUCUGCUUGUCCCAUUCAGCUCACCCUCCCAGUCAGCCAGAAUCUGAGGGGAAGGGCCCCCAGGGACCUCCCUGUCCCAUCAGACACUGCUGACUGCUUUGCAUUUUUGACUCUUCUGUAUAUUUUGUAAAAUAACAAAUACACCAGAUCCAAUAAAACACAAUGGCUAUGCAUA